CUUUCAGUCUGAGAUCACGUCAGUCUCUCCUCCAGCCGAGCAGGUUCCAGGGUGGCUCUCCUGUCUGCUCACUGGUGACUCCCCAGCUGCGCUCUGCGGUAUCCGAGGAAACACUGGAGGUUUCCCCGUACGCGCUUGUCCACUGAAUUUUAGUCACGUCCAACAAAAAGGGCAGGAAUAACUUCACUAUACAGGACUCUGAGAGAAAGACCCCGUCCUCCCAGUUUGCAUCCACGCCUCCCUCUCUGCUUCCUAUAUUAUCUUUUUUUUGUCUGUUUCAACGUGCUAAUCUCUCCAAACGUGAGGACAGCAUGACAGGAGGACCGAAGGACGGCGAGACAGAAGAGGAGUUUCUACAUUCGCCGUUUAUCCGAAAACAAGGGAACAUAUAUAAACCCAACAACAAAGACAUGGACAACGACAGUCUGAACGAGAAAACGAUGGAGGAUGUCCACACCAAAGAGAUCGAUCUGGUCAACCGGGAUCCCAAACACAUAAACGACGACGUUGUUAAGGUUGAAUUUGAAGAUGUGAUUGCAGAACCCGCAGGGACCUACAGCUUCGACGGUGUGUGGAAAGCCAGCUUCACAACCUUCACUGUCACCAAGUACUGGUGCUACCGCCUGCUGACGGCACUGGUGGGCAUUCCCUUGGCGUUGAUCUGGGGAAUUUUCUUUGCCAUCCUGUCCUUCCUGCACAUCUGGGCCGUGGUGCCGUGUGUCAAGAGCUACCUGAUCGAGAUCCACUGCGUCAGCCGCGUCUUCUCUAUCUGCGUGCACACCUUCUGCGACCCGUUCUUCGAGGCCAUGGGCAAGUGCCUGAGCAGCAUCCGAGUCAGGAUGACCAAGGAGGUGUAGCAUCCCAAAUCAGGAGGAGGAUUCAAAAGAGGGCCAGAAGAAUGGGCGCAAUGGAGAUGGGAGGGGAGUCAGAACAACAACAACCAAAAAAACCGAAAGAAGACGAAGAAAAUAAAUGGAAAAUGUGUUGAGACUUUUCCAGAGUGGGGUGGGGGCUGGGUGGUUGUUUAGAGGUAAAGGGGUGCUGUGACAUGGCACCUAACCCCACCUUUUUCUAACAGCUGUUUUCUCCUGUUUUUUCUUUUUCUGUCUACGUUAGUAUUUUUUUUUAUUUUUCACUGUUAAGUUUGUCAAGCAGGCAGCCAAGCUCCAUAUGUUGUUAUUAAUUUUGCUCCAUCAUGUAAAUUCCUUCCAUUCUUACUCUUUGUAGAGAGCCUUUCAAACGGAUCGAUCCGUGCAAAGAGGGGACGUCAGCAUCUGCUGUAACCUCUCACGCUCAUGUUUGUUUUUUGGAGCCGUAGGGCAGAGUAGGAUAGUCGGGAGGGGGGGGGAUGCUGGGGUUGCAUACGUUCAAACAGGGAGAACGAGUGAACGCUGCCAAAUUCUGUCUGACUCAGCAAAAAAGAACAACCACACAGAUCCAGCAGCACAGAAGCACCCCUCCCUAUGCCCCACACGCCCACUAAAGUGACCUCCCACCCCUCCCCUCUUUGCCCUGCUUUCCAGCAGUCUGACACACUGAACCUGCCCCCGUUUCUGCAUGUACCUGCACCGCCAUGCCAGCAGCUCACCGUCCACCGCACCCGUGACACAGCCUGACUGAAGCUAUCUGCAUCUUCGCUCACUCGCUCUCUACACCAGCUUUUUGCUUCGCCUCUGCCUCAAAUGAAUUUUCUCAAGUCUGACAGAGAAUGUCUGAACCUUACAGAACCUGAUUUGAUUUUUUACUCUUUUGUUAGUUUUGUUUUGUAAGACAAAUUUAGACUUUUUAUUUUUCAUUCAGGCUCCACGUUUUAUCAUCAUAGCUCCAUAGUGAAUGAGGUUUUUUUCUCUACACUAUGAAAAUGAAGAACUUGAGGAGGCUUGAUUACAGUGCCAUUGUUUUGAUAUCCUGUAUGUACUGUGUGGGUGUUUAUUCAUAAGACAAGACUUCCAAAAUGAUUCCAGUGCACUAAUCUAUAGAAAAGUAUUGGUAGUGAACAGCACUAAUGAAAGUCUCCAUGUUCCUCCAUUUCCUAAUACAGCAGAGUGCAAGCAGUUAAUUUUGCACACUGGAGAUUAACGCUGUGCAGUGAGGAGCUCGUGUGGAGAUGUUCACAUAUUGUGGUACUUAGGUUAAUGCAUUGGAAUAAAGACAAUGUUUGGUGAAAUGUGCCCACUCCCCAUUUCGGUUUGCUUUUUUUUGUUUUUUUUGUCUACAGUUUUGUUAUGUGGCCUUGCUUCUUGACUGUGGACACAAUGCUAAAUAGCAUUAAAACGACACCUCCCACCCCAGGAUGGGUGAAUUUGUGGAUGGGUGAGAAUGGGGUGGAGAGAGGGUUGUGUUUAACUGAGACACUAAGCUCGCUUUGACUAUAUCACCUUUAGUCUACCUGCUGUUUUUUCACAGGGAUGAUAAUAUCAAAUCGAGAUGUUUUUUUUAAAGCUCUGAAGGUGAUAUUUUUGUAUAAGAAAUGAUUUUUUUUUCUUCCUUGCUUUUACUGUACCAUAUCACGCUGUGCACAUUAAAAUUUAAUAUAAUCCGU